CCUUCGAAUUCGUCACAUGGCGCAAGCUUCAAUAAUUGUGGGAUCGCAGAUAGUAAAAUCUAAAACCUGAUCACUAAAUAAAGCUGCAAAUUUUGGAAACCAUCAUUGGUUUGAAAUUUCUCAUAGCUAAACAUAUACUUCGAACUUGAACAAUGGCAAACCUUGGGCGAUCAAGACUGAUUGCAAGUUUUUUUCAGAAACAAUUAUCGUUAAGGGAACCUUUAGGCAAUUUAUUAUGCAAUAUGCAAGCUGCAAGGCUUUUUAGCAUCAAUGGACAAACAAGACGUAGUAAAGAAAGCAAUGCAAAUGAAGAGCAAGCACCGGGAGAAGAAACAGAGAUGCAGAAACUACUAGCAGAAAAAGACAAAGUUAUUGCCGAGAAAGAGCAAGCGGCUGCAGAUUUCAAGGAUAAGUACUUGAGAGCACUAGCAGAGAACGAGAAUAUCAUAACAAGAAACAAAAAACUAAUGGAAGAUGCAAAACUGUACGGUAUUCAAAGUUUUGCAAAAGAUUUGUUGGAAGUGGCAGAUAUUUUAGAAAAGGCAACUGAAACUGUACCAAAGGAAGAAUUAGCUAAGAACCCACACCUAAAUAGCCUGUUUGAAGGAUUAACAAUGACUGGUACACAGUUACAAAAGGUAUUUAAAACACAUGGUCUAGAGAAGUUGGAUCCAGUUGGUGAAAAAUUUGACCCUAAUUUUCAUGACGCUUUGUUUAUGCAGCCUUUCCCUGGCAAGGAGUCUGGAACUGUAGCAGUUGUUACAAAGAUAGGUUACAAAUUACAUGGUAGACCAUUAAGAGCAGCUCUAGUAGGGGUUGUGCAGUAAAAAUUGUUUGAAAUGAUAUGUUUCUGACCUGGUAGUGCAUUAUUAAAAAUUGUGUAGUAACAUAUAAGCAGCAGCAAUUUUGUAUUUCAAGAAAAAAAGGAAACAAAUGAAAUACCUUAUUCAAAUAUGGAAGAUAUUU